UCAAAUAUCUAUAUAUCGAUAGCAGGUCUUGACUGGUCAAUUUUUUUUACAUGCAGUCAGUUCUUUGUUUCUAAGAGUCAGUUGUGCGUGCAGCGUCUUUCAGUAUACAUCUUCGGUCUUUUUCUCAACUAUUGUGUGUUAAUUUUAAUUUUAUUAGUAAAAAUGUCAGAUGAUGGGAAAGAAUAUGCAAUAGUUGAGUUCGAUGAAUGGAUUAAAGAUAAAAAAACGGUAGAAAUAGUUCCGAUUGGUUGGCUAACCGAAGACGAAGCGUUGUGUUACUGGCCGCCAAAAAUUCAAGAAGAAAACGUGCAAAAAUGGAUUGAGACGAAAUAUGCACCAGAUAAAACGUGGGAAACGUAUCCUGUCAACGUCAUUAUCAAAGCUAGAGAUUAUGAUCAAGGGAUACGUAGAUUGAAGAGAUCCUUUAAAAAAAAGAAUGUUGACAGCACCGAGGACGACUCACAAUCUCAGAAUGACCAUCAACCUAUUAUGAUGAACGCUACGAGAGUGGCUCAGAUAUUAGCUAAGCCACAUCCUUUGAGAACUACAAAAAAUCAGCUAGACCACAGUCAAUCUAUAGAUUACAUAGAAUCUGAAUUUAAACUACCUAAAAUUGAUGAAUUUGCUCAUAAUGAGAAUAAUAAUUUAACUCAGAUUGGUUUGGAUAUUGACUCUGCUGAGAAGGUGCCAGAAUCACUGUCGGUGGAACCCAAAGGAAUCAAUAAUUACAACGAUCUCGCAAAGUAUCUGCAACAUGUAAUUCACACUGAAAUGUAAAGCGUUAAAAAAAGUCUUAAUUAUCAUAUGGGACAAAAGUUUCAGAAAGUUAUGGAAGUUGUUCAAUACUCAGCCGAUCCACCAGGAAAGCAUCAAGCAUGGAAGAACAUCGGCAAAGAUUUGCCUUUUGAUGAUACUGAAAAAUUUAUAGCCUUCGAUGAAUCAUUGAAAAAUAAUGAGGAGAAAAAAAAGCACUGAUUGACAUCUUUUUCAUGGUCUCGGCCGGAUGUAAUAAAUGUGAAGAUGAUGUCUAUAAGAUAAUGGGGAAAAUCAUCAAAAAAGAAGUACAAUUGUAGUACAGCGGAGCUGGUAAAGUAAUAAAAGGUCUCAGAAAAAAAAGUUUCAAAGAAACUGAGACUUUCAAUGCUCUGGAAAGAUUCUUGACGGCUAAAUAUCAUGCCUCUAAAGAAAAACCAAAAGUACUGACUGCGGUGAGUACUUUUUUAUCGGGGGCAAGAGACAGAGACGGUGGUCGAGCUCAGCGAAAUAAAAAUAUAGAAAUUUUGGAACAAUGAAGCAACGAUAAAAAAAAACUUAUAAAAAUACAGAUCAUUAUAAUUUAAA